AUGGUGGUGACUACUCAGCCUAGUCAGGCGUGCGCUGCGGCUCUGGGCGGGCGGCUGAGCCCACCGUGCAAGCGGCGGCGGGCCGAGGACGUGACUCCUGAAGAACGGCCCGAGCCCCCGGGCGGCGUCGAAGCCGACCUGCAGCUUCGCGCGCCCGUCAAGAAAAGUAAGGCUCCCCCGUUGGGCCGGCUCCCCGCCUGGGGCAGCUCCCCGAGCCGCUGCGAGCCCAUGCACCCUCUGGAGCGGCAGACCUUCCUCGACUAUGGGCAAAGCUGGUACCGCUUCCGAAAGGAGCUGGAGGCCAAGUUCCACCCACUCGAUCCGCUGGCCCAACAGCCACAAAUAACUGCAGAGGCUCGGUGCAAACUGAUCAGCUGGCUAAUUCCAGUGCAUAAGCAUUUUGGCUUCUCUUUUGAAUCCUUAUGUCUGGCAGUAAAUACUUUAGACCGCUUUCUCACCACUACACCAGUGGCUGCUGAUUGCUUCCAGCUCUUAGGGGUAACCUCGCUCUUCAUCUCUUGCAAACAGGUGGAAGUGCAUCCGCCUAAAGUGAAACAGCUCCUGGCCCUUUGCUGUGACACUUUUUCUUGCCAGCAACUCUGCAACCUGGAGUGCAUCAUUCUGAACAAGCUCCAGUUCAACCUAGCAGCCCCCACCAUUAACUUUUUCUUGGAACACUUCACUCAUACAAGGAUGGAGGCUUGCGAAGCUGAUACCUGGGAGGCCAACAACGCCAAAGUUCUGGCAAAAGGUGUAGCUGAACUUAGCCUGGCUGACUAUGCCUUUAACAAAUAUAUGCCUUCUUUGCUGGCUGUUUGUUGUUUGGGGCUGGCUGACCAAAUGUUGCAGCACCAGAAACCACUGGACCUGAACAUAAGUGACUAUCCAGAGGGAGUUUUGCAGGAUUGCCUGAACAAACUACAUUUACUUGUGUCUUUGAAUGAGGACUCUUUGCCUCUGGUACUACCCCCUGAGAUUUCAGAUCAAUGUCUGCACUUUAAAAUGAGUUAACCAAGCAUAAAUGAUUUGGAGCACUGUGUGUAGCCAUACAUUGGAAGUUUAUAUCACCCAUUUUCAGUGCAUUACAGAAGGCUCAAUAAUAGUUGCAAUACCUCUAAAAUAACAGUAUUUACUUUUUACUUUUUAUUCAAUAGUGCC